AGCCAUUCCUGCAGCGCGAUACUCUGCAUCGUGAGCGAGACGCAGUCAGAGGCUGACCUAAGGCCCCCUUUCGCACACCUCGGCGAUCGUCGGGGGCGCUUGGCACCCGAUUCGCAAAUUGCAGCGGAGGAGCAGAUCCACCCAGCUGGCUGGCUCACCGCAGGUCGCAACUUUCAGCCGCGCAUACUUGAGCUGCCCCUCGCCGAACUGCGACUGUGGCAUUUGCUUGCCUACAUUUGCUUGGCCAUAAUCUCUCUGCCCGCAGGUGUAGCACCUCGUACAUAGCUCGUACCGCCCACCGCACGAAUACGCAUUUUACACGCGAUGACGGAGCCGUUUCCCCCUCUCCACGGCACGGCGCCUGCCAGCGUCGGCGGAGGAGUCGCCCGCAGACGGAGAAAGAGCAGCGGGCUGGGCGCGGAUCUGCCCGGCGACGUGGACGUGCCGUCGUUUGCGACGAGCCGGCGACUCGAUGCCGCCAGCAUGAGGAGCCCAGUAGACUCGAAAUCAGACAAGCCACGCCGCUCCAAGCGCCGCACCGUCCGCCGCGGGCUCUCCAAGUUCAAGCGCGCGUGCAUACGGCACACAUGGCUGCUCCCGCUGCUGCUCAUGCUGACCAUCGGCGCCCUGUACCUCGUGCACCCGCACCCGUCGAACCCGAUUGCCGCGUGCCUGUUCCUCUCGUACCCGCUCGCGCGCGACGACCCCUUCAUCCCCGCGUCGGUGCGCGCCGACCCCGCGGCACCCACCCACUACGGCAAGGGCGCGCGCGACUUCGCCUUCGUCGCCUUCUACAUCGUCGUGCUGUCCUUCACGCGCGAGUUCUGCAUGCAGCGCCUGAUCCGGCCGAUUGCCAUUGCGUGCGGCAUCAAGGGCCGGGCCAAGCAGAGCCGGUUCAUGGAGCAGGCGUACACGGCGCUGUACUUUGGGCUGUACGGGCCGUUUGGGCUGUGGGUCAUGAGCCGCAGCCCCGUGUGGUACUUCAACACGGCGGGCAUGUACGAGGGCUUCCCGCACCGCACGCACGAGGGCGUGUUCAAGGCGUACUACCUGCUGCAGGCGAGCUACUGGGCGCAGCAGGCCAUUGUGCUGCUGCUGAUGCUGGAGAAGCCGCGCAAGGACUUCAAGGAGCUGGUUGCGCACCAUAUUAUCACGUUGUCGCUCAUCUGGCUGAGCUACCGCUUCCACUUCACUUACAUGGGCAUCGCCGUGUACAUCACGCACGACGUGUCGGAUUUCUUCCUCGCCACAAGCAAGAUCCUGAACUACAUCGACUCCCCCAUCGUCGGCCCCUACUUCUUCCUCUUCAUGUGCGUGUGGGGCUACCUGCGGCACUUCAUCAACCUGAAGAUCCUCUACUCCAUCCUGACCGAAUUCCGCACCAUCGGGCCCUUCGACCUGAACUGGGAAACCCAGCAAUACAAAUGCUGGAUCUCGCAAGCCAUCACGUUCGCCCUGCUCGCGGCCCUACAGGCCGUGAACUUGUUCUGGUGGUUCUUCAUCUGCAGGAUUGCGUACCGCUUCAUCGUGUACAAGGACGCGGAUGAUGAUCGCAGUGAGUAUGAGCCCAGUGAGACGGAGGAUGCGGAGCGCAGGGAGGAGGUGAAGCGCGGGGGCGAGGGCGAGGGCGAGAAGAUCGCCAAUGGCGUUAAGCGCAGUAUUUCGAAUGUCGAGCCGAGUACGCCCGUGCAGACCGCCGCGGCGGCGCCGCAGGAGUCGAUCGGGAGCCGCGUUAAGCAGCGCAAGAAGGGCGGCGAGUGAGCGCUGUUGCGGCGAGCAUCUGGCUGCCUGUCGGUUCGCAGCGCGGAUAGCUCUGCGGCGAGCGAGGCGAUGGCAUGGGGACUCGAGGGACGGGCGGCUGGUCGUGG